AUGGCGGCAGCUAGGCGGAUACAGUUGUUGCAAAUAAAACAUCAUACAGCGUGUCGUAGUAUUGACGUAUUGGAUGCGUUGGCUCGGAAUCCUGAAUUGUCUCCAGAACAAGAAAGUGAUUUCAUAGUGCGGUUUCAAGACUUAGAAAAGGUUUAUGAGACAUUUACGGAAAUGUUUUAUGAACUUCAGCUCUCUGCUGCGGAUAUAGAGAGCUUUGAUUUGGAAAGUCAUCUUCAGGAGUAUGACGCGUAUAACAAAAAAUACUAUUUUAUUAAACAACGGCAUUUAGGGUUGACAAAUUUAAACGCUUCAGCUAAUGCGGAUAAUAGCUGUAGCAGCGGUAGCAAUAAUGACAAUCCUAAGAGCGCGCGGAAUAGGGUAGUUCUCCCUAAAGUGAAACUUCCUACCUUUGCGGGACAGGUGGAAGAGUUUGUUCCUUUUAUGGAAUUAUUCCAGUCGUUGGUGGGCAAUGAUGCCACCUUAUCGGAUACUGAGAAGAUGUAUUAUUUAGCGGGGUCGCUUUUAGGCGAACCAAAGACUUUGACUCAGCAUCUAUCAGUCACAGGAGAUAAUUUUUCGGUCGCGAUUGAUUUAUUGAAUGCGCGGUAUAACAACAAAAGGUUGUUAGCGGAUCGUUUGUUGCACAACUUAUUGAGUGCACCUCAUGUAACCUCUAAGGGGGUAACUGGUUUAAAAAUGUUUUUGAACACAUUGAUUGAAAACACAAAAGCGCUGGAAAAGAUGGAAUUUCCGGUGGAUUCGUGGUGUUAUUUGCUCUUCUACAUCAACUUCCAAAAGUUAGAUGGUAACUUGAAGAAACACUUUGAAGACAAGCACGCCGAUAAAGAAUUACCUACAUUUGCGGACCUUAUUAAGUUUUUGGAAACUGAAAUACGGAUUUUGGAAUCCAGUGCGGAACCACAGGCCAGUACGUCGGCGGGAAGGCGUAUUGGUGGUGGACAGAGCCAGGCGGUAAAGGCUCAUGCGGCAUUUCAAGGUGCGGGUUCGGCGUCGGCGUCGUCGUGUCGGUUAUGCGGAAAAGGCGGACACUUUAUUGCGAAGUGUGAGAAAUUCUUGGAGAUGAAGCCUGCAGCUAGGAAGCGUCAGGUCGUUUCACUUAGAUUGUGCUUCAAGUGUUUGAACGGUCAUAACAUUGAUAAGUGCACUUAUAACAAGAACUGUUACAAGUGUAAUUCGGCUAAACACCAUUAUUUAUUACACUUUGAUCUUCCGGCAACUGGUUCAGAUCGUGAACAACGUUUGACGUCAAACGUGGCUACAAAUGGGAAGUCUCACAAUUCUGCCUCGUCCUUUCCAAGUGUUCCUGUUGUCAGUGCGCCCUUAACCAGCGGCAAUCCAGAAGGUGCGGUUCCUGGAGUCUCUGGAUUGAUGGCAUCACAGGCAAUGAAACCAAAGGUGUUACUUGCGACGGCAAUAAUUAGAGUUCUGGAUAGCAGCGGACGCUACCAGGAGGCGCGGGCCUUACUGGACGGAGGGAGCGAGAGCACAUUCAUAUCGGAGUCUUGUGUGCAGAGGUUAGGCUUAGAGCGGUUUAAGCCUGAUGACCCAAUCACAGGACUGGGCUGUACUCCUAUAACCGGUUGUAGGGGAGCAGUUAAUCUGACCAUGACACCUAGGCUGACGGAUCAGCCAGUGCUGGUGACCACGGCUAAUGUCUUAAAUAAAAUCAGUUAUAACCUGCCUGGAUAUUCGUUGCCGGCUCAGUUGGCGGAUAAUUAUCGGGGACUGGAUCUUGCGGAUGAACAGUUCUUUGUGAGUCGAGAGAUUGAUAUUUUAUUAGGUGAGGAUUUACUUUGUGACAUUGUACUCAGCGGACGCAUCAAAAUCCAUGAUCACAUUCCACGGGUGACAAAAACGGUGUUCGGACACGUUUUGUCAGGUCCUGUUAAUAUUGGAGUUUCCCUUCGAGUUCCUUGUGCGUCUCAGGCCUUUUUCUGUAGCACAAGCACAGAUCGGAUCUUAGAACGGUUCUGGGAGGUUGAAGACAUCCCGUUUAAGGCGGAAAACCCUAAAGAUCUUGAAUGCGAGACCAUUUUUAGAGAUACCCAUUCACGGACUGAAGAGGGUAGAUACUCAGCACGGUUGCCUUUUAUAUCGGACGCCCCUGAACUCGGUAACACUGUACCCAUAGCUAUGAAGCGGUUUUUAGCCAUGGAGAGGCGGCUCCUUGCAAAAGGCAACGAGGUCUUCAGGGAGAAAUACACGGAGUUUAUGCGGGAGUACGCCGAAACAGGACAUAUGUCACUGUGUGAAGGGGAACCAAACGACUACGCCAGUGGUAGUUACAUUAUACCUCAUCAUGGAAUUUUUAAAAAGGAUUGUGAUAAGAUUCGCGUAGUUUUUGACGCUAGUUGCGCAUCUACUAAUGGUGUUGCGCUAAAUGAUUGUUUGCAUGCGGGUCCAAAACUACAGCGGGAUAUCGCGGAAAUUAUAUGUAGGUUUAGGCUACAUCGUUACGUGUUUACAACGGACAUCAGGAUGAUGUUUAGACAGAUUUUGAUUGCUGAGGAGGAUCGGCGUUUCCAGCUCAUUUUCUGGCGGGAGUCCCCAGACUUACCUUUGCGUGUGUAUCGGCUAAAUACCGUAACAUACGGAAUGAAGUCAAGCCCAUACCUUGCGAUUCGGACGCUAAGGCAGUUGGCAGAUGACGAAGAGAUGCAGUUUCCUGCUGCGGCACAACUUCUGCGGUCUUCGGUGUAUAUGGAUGACAUUUUAGGUGGAGCCGAUUCCAUAGAAGACGCAAGCAAGUUGAAGCAGGAACUGACGGAUUUACUACGCUCUGGCGGUUUUGAGCUUAGUAAAUGGACGUCAAGCAGUAAGGAAGUCUUACAGGACAUAGCAGAGGAGCAUUUAGAAAAACCUCGCAAAAUAUUUGACAAUGCGGAUGGGCCUAGUUUCUAUAAAAUCCUAGGCGUUCAAUGGGAUUCUAGCAGUGACUGUUUCUCAUAUCGUACGAAGCUGGAUGACACUAGCGGAUGUACUAAACGGUCAAUCUUGUCAACUUUAGCUAGGACAUUUGAUCCUUUGGGGUGGAUCUGCCCAGUAAUCUUUCAGGGCAAGGUCCUCAUGCAGCAACUCUGGCUGAAAAAUAUGUCAUGGGAUGCGAAAGCUCCUGAUGACGUAGUUGCGGAAUGGCAAGGCAUUUUAAAAGAUAUGCCUCUUAUUUCAAAUCUGCGGUUGGAACGCUUUGUCUUAUUAGACGUCAAAUCGUGUUCUCUGCAUGGUUUCUCAGAUGCAUCAGAACUUGGGUAUGGUGCAGCGGUUUAUCUGAGGACUGUAGGACAUGACGGAAGGGUCAAGCUAUGUCUCAACGGUUGUGGAGAAAAUGGAGUGAACAAUACCUCCAUUCUCUUCAAAUGCGUAGAAAAUGGACAUCUCCAACUGAUCCGCCUCAGCUGGGUGAUCUUGUCCUGA